CCUGCGUAAAAGCAGCGCAGCCACGUCAAAGGGGACUAAGGGGUUGCUAGGCUUGUUAGCUUAGAUAGCAUCAGCUAACAGAGCUGCUAGUUGGGACAGCUAACAGAUUAGAUUAAUAAAUUAGACGCGUUCGUAUUACAGAAACGCACAUCGUCUAAUCAUAUUAUUUCUGAAGCUCGGGUGAACUUUGCAUGUUUACAGCUGCUAGCUGGGCGAAUUAACCUGCUAGCCGGAGCUAACAUUAGCUAGUAUAGUAAGCUUGCCGGUUAGCUUGUUUACAGAAAACGGUUUUAUUUAUUUAUUUAUGUUCUUAUUCUGGAACGUGUGCCUGUAAAAUUACUAAUAUUAGCAUAAACGUUGUGUACUGACACGACUCUCGUAGCCGUCGUUUUGUUAAUGUUGGCAAGGGAGCAAAUUUAGCUAACCUAUCUUAGCUAGCUAAGUUAUUCAAAGUGUGUUUCUUUCAGUCAGAGAGAAUCAACGUCAGCGAACGAACACAAAAUAUCUAAAUCUAAGAAGUGGAACUAGUGCGCCCACUUUGUUAUUAAAAUAUGCAAGUCGAAUCUUAGCGUAAGUAACGUUAGGUUAGCUUGAAGCCGAUGUCAGCCCAAGUUAAAUAUCUCUGUUGCAGAGCUAGCUUAGUGCUAAACAGCCAUAAGGAAGAGGCGAUAAGAAGAGUGUCGGGGCUUUAGUGUGAGGUUGUUACUGGUGAAGGCGGUGAACUGCAGCUGCAGUCCGCGGACAAGCUGGAUUUUCUGACCGAAACACAAUGGCUAAAACUCAGCUGCAAGGUGGUGGAGGGCAGCCUGAGGACGGACGGGGUUUUCGGGGAACGACAGAAAGCCUGGCCGAGCCGAAGAGCCCUUCACUCGAAUCCCAGACUGAGCUGAACGGCUCCGCCAACAACGCUGAGACACCCACAGACAAAUACGGAUUUAUUGGAGGAGCUCAGCAGUUUUCUGAAGACUCUGCUGAAGAAAUUCCUCCAGAGGUGCUGAGGCAGAGAGAGGUGAAAUGGCUGGAGAUGCUCAACAGCUGGGACAAGUGGAUGAGCAAAAAACACAAAAAGGUGAAGCUGCGCUGUCAGAAGGGAAUCCCCCCGUCGCUCAGAGGGCGUGUCUGGCUCUAUCUCUGUGGAGGGAAGGUCAAAAAGGAGCAGAACAAGGACAGGUUUCAGGAUUUGGACCGCCAGCCUGGAGAUCCUAAAUGGGUGGAUGUGAUUGAGAAGGAUCUCCACAGGCAGUUUCCUUUCCAUGAGAUGUUUGUGGCUCGAGGAGGCCACGGGCAGCAGGAUCUGUUCCGGGUGCUGAAGGCCUACACGCUGUACAGACCAGAGGAGGGGUACUGUCAGGCUCAGGCUCCGAUAGCUGCAGUGCUGCUCAUGCACAUGCCUGCUGAGGAAGCGUUCUGGAGUCUGGUGCAGAUUUGUGAGAAAUAUCUGCCUGGAUAUUAUAGCGCAGGCCUGGAGGCAAUUCAGCUGGAUGGAGAGAUUCUUUUUGCUUUGCUGAAGCGUGUCUCCUCUGUUGCUCAUCGGCACCUGAAGAAGCACAAGAUCGACCCCAUCCUGUACAUGACCGAGUGGUUUAUGUGUGUGUUCUCCCGGACGCUCCCUUGGGCCUCGGUGCUGCGCGUCUGGGACAUGUUCUUCUGCGAGGGAGUAAAAAUCAUCUUCCGUGUGGGGCUGGUGCUGCUGAAGUGCAUGCUGGGAUCUCAGGAGAAGCUGAAGGCGUGUCAGGGUCAGUACGAGACGAUGGAGCGGCUUCGGGCCAUAGAGCUGCGCUACAUGCAGGAAGUCUUCCUCAUUAGAGAGAUUAUGGAGCUGCCGAUCUCUGAGCGGGACAUUGAGAAGGAGCACCUCGCUCAGCUGCGUUUGUGGAAGGAGUCAAGAGGAGAGCUGCACUGUAAAUCUCCUCCCAGAAUGCACGGCGCUCGCGCUAUCAUGGCUGCUGAACCUCCCAGCAAGCAGGACCUGCGGCAGAAACCCACCAUCACUGUGGACAUCCUCCCAAACUCCAAAAACACUGAGGAGGAGAGGGACAAGAAGAAGAAAAAAGGCAAGAAAAACAUCACCUCUCCGCCUGAGACAGCCAAUCAGCAUUCGUCAUCACAGGACGACCUUUUACCCGGCCAACCACAGACGCUGCUGAAGGACACGCCCCUCCAGGGGUCCAAUCAGAGUCUGAGUAGUGCAGAACAUGACACAUACCUGUAGAGAGGCAAAACAUUAAGACAGAGAAAGAGAGAGGCUGAAUCCCCAAAGCCUCCUAGUGGGCAUAUAGUGCACUACUUAGGUCAAAGAGCAUUAUUUUCUACUAGGACUGCAUGAUACAGACAAAAUCCUAUUAUUGUUAUUAUAUUGCUAUAUAUUAAGGGGAAUUCCACUAAUUUUUCAAAUUCAGUGGUUGAGAAAAGUGGUUUGAUGUGAAAUGGUUCAUUG